CUCAGCCCCCCCAGAAGCCACCAACACCUUCUGUGGCUGCACUACUGAGGGGUUACAGCCUGAUACUGACUUACACAAUGGGACGCUUACUCGCUGCCCUAUCUCUCUGUAUUUGGAUCACAGGUACAAACCCGCUGGCGCUCACAAAGACCGCAGGUUCCCUGACAAGGGGAAAGCAGGAGCCAGUAAAGCUAGACUGCAAGCCUGGGCCCACUGAGUCACUGGACAAUGCCGUGUUCUGGUUCCGCCAAAGGAAAGACACAAAAACUCCAGAGUCUAUUUUGUAUCUCAGUUCGGUGUCCAAGCAGAAGCUCAGCGAUGAAAAUGCCUUUAAGCACUUUGCAGCAAAGAAAGGGGCCUUUGCAUACACCCUAGAUAUUAACCCAUUCCAGGAGAAGGAUGAAGGAACCUAUUACUGUAUGAUUAACGUGAACUCGGUCCUUUCCAUCAGCCCUGGGUUACAGCUUUUCUACCCUGCUGUAACAACCCCAAAGCCAGUGACCACAACGCCACCUACGACGACCACCAAAGCGCCCAACCUGGACAACAAAGAUCCAUGUGGCUGCAAUAAGUCCAAGCCAGAUUCUGUGCCAAUCGACUUGGGAAUCCAGUGUAACAUAUAUAUCUGGGGCUCUCUGGCAGCACUGUGCUCUCUUCUGCUAAUCGCCCUACUGACAACGUCCAUAUUGCUCUGUAAAAGAGGAAGGCCAAGACGCUGCCGGUGUAAGCAUGCGCCCGUGGCCGAGAGGAACAACAAGCCAAAGCCACCUGCCCGAUACUAAUACAAGCCAAGGAGCCGGCCUGCUGCUGCUGAGAGUGAUAUCAGGCCCAUAAUAAACCAGCCUGUGUGUGUACCAGCUUUGUGCAUUGGGCUCAGACUCUGAAUGUGACGCCAAUGUAAGGGCCCGGGUAUCACGGCUGCCUUAUGUUUGCUCUCCUUUUCCAACAGACAUGGAUAGUGUGAAGAACAAGCAUUUGCCAUCUCAUUAUACCAGUGGUGUAACAAUAAGGCAGCAGCCCCCCCACAAGAAAAUAUUUAGAUGGGCCCAGCACAUCAGCAAACUCUCCCCACCCUCUUCCACUGCU